AUGGAUCAAAGGAAGAACUGGCCUCGGGUACCGGACUCCGAUGGCUGGUCGGUGGCUUUGCUCUGUCUCUUCCUGGCAUCAUUCUCCCGAAACGUGUCCAGCAAUGCCUUGUUCAGCACUUUCCACUCUGAGAACCGGGACUGGACGUUUAACCACCUGACUGUCCACCAAGGCACUGGAGCAGUCUACGUUGGAGCUAUCAACAGGGUUUACAAGCUUUCGGGUAACCUGACCAUUUUGGUGGCUCAUAAAACUGGUCCUGAGGAGGACAAUAAAUCCUGCUACCCACCCCUCAUCGUCCAGCCAUGCAGCGAGAUCCUCACCCUCACCAACAACGUCAACAAGCUGCUGAUCAUUGACUACUCCGAGAACCGACUGCUGGCGUGUGGCAGCCUCUACCAGGGGGUCUGCAAGCUGCUGCGGCUGGACGACCUCUUCAUCUUGGUAGAACCCUCGCACAAAAAGGAGCACUAUCUCUCCAGCGUCAACAAGACGGGCACGAUGUAUGGGGUGAUUGUGCGCUCGGAAGGUGAAGAUGGGAAGCUCUUCAUUGGCACAGCGGUGGAUGGGAAGCAGGAUUAUUUCCCCACCCUCUCCAGCCGCAAACUUCCCCGGGACCCAGAGUCAUCAGCAAUGUUGGAUUAUGAGCUCCACAGUGACUUUGUCUCAUCCCUCAUCAAAAUCCCCUCAGAUACCUUGGCCCUUGUUUCGCACUUCGAUAUCUUCUACAUCUAUGGUUUUGCCAGCGGCAACUUUGUCUAUUUUCUAACUGUCCAGCCAGAGACGCCGGAGGGGGUCUCCAUCAACUCUGCCAGCGAUCUCUUUUACACCUCUCGCAUCGUCCGUCUCUGCAAAGACGACCCCAAAUUCCACUCCUAUGUCUCUCUGCCCUUCGGCUGCGUCAGGGGGGACACGGAGUACCGCCUCCUGCAAGCAGCGUACCUCUCCAAGCCCGGAGAGGUGCUGGCAAAGUCCCUCAAUAUCACGGCCCAGGAGGAUGUCCUCUUUGCCAUUUUCUCCAAGGGACAGAAGCAGUACCAUCAGCCCCCCGACGACUCCGCGCUCUGCGUCUUCCCCCUUCGCGCUGUCAACGCUCAGAUCAAGGACCGCCUGCAGUCCUGCUACCAGGGGGAAGGCAACCUGGAGCUCAACUGGCUGCUGGGGAAGGACGUCCAGUGCACCAAAGCGGGCGCGGUGCCGGUGGACGGGGUGACUCUCUUCACCUCAAGCCGGGACCGGAUGACUUCUGUUGCUUCCUACGUCUACAACGGCUACAGCGUGGUGUUCGUGGGGAGCAAGACUGGCAAGCUGAAGAAGAUCCGAGCAGAUGGUCCUCCCCAUGGUGGAAUUCAGUAUGAAAUGGUGACAGUUUUCAAGGACGGGAGCCCAGUCCUUCGAGACAUGGCCUUCUCCACUGAUCAGAAGUAUCUGUAUGUCAUGUCGGAACGACAGGUGUCCCGGGUGCCCGUGGAGUCCUGCGAGCAGUACACGACCUGCGGCGAGUGCCUGAGCUCGGGGGACCCCCACUGCGCUUUUUUCGUUUCGGGUGAGCCUGUCCAGCCCUACAGCGAAGCCACCCUGAGCCUGCUGGUGAGCGAUGCUCCGGACCUGGCGCCUGGCGUCACCUGCCUCUUCGGGAACCUGACGGAGGUGGAAGGGCGCGUGUCGGGCAGCCGUGUUGUGUGCGUUUCGCCAGCAGCGAAGGAUGUCCCUGCCAUACCUGUGGACCAGGACUGGUUCGGCGUGGUGCUGCAGCUGAAGUCGCGGGAGACGGGGAGGACGUUUGUCAGCACCGAGUUCAAGUUCUACAACUGCAGUGCCCACCAGCUGUGCCUGUCGUGUGUGAACAGCGCUUUCCGCUGCCACUGGUGCAAGUACCGGAACCUCUGCACCCACGACCCCACCACGUGCUCCUUUCAGGAGGGACGGAUCAACGUCUCUGAGGACUGUCCCCAGCUCUUCCCCACGGAGGAGAUCCUGAUCCCGGUGGGAGAGGUGAAACCCAUCACGCUGAAGGCGAGAAACCUGCCGCAGCCCCAGUCCGGCCAGCGCGGGUACGAGUGCGUCCUCAGCAUCCAGGGCGUGAUCCACCGCGUGCCCGCCCUGCGCUUCAACAGCUCCAGCGUCCAGUGCCAGAACAGCUCGUAUCUCUAUGACGGGAUGGACAUAAGCAACUUAGCAGUGGACUUCGCUGUGGUUUGGAACGGGAACUUUGUUAUUGACAACCCGGAGGAUGUGAAAGGUGAGGUCUGCUGGAGCUGCCUUCCAAGGCACGGGGACGAGGGUGAUGACGGGGGCUGGGAGGUGGCUGCUGGGGCGGAGCGCCGCGAGCUGCCGUCCCUGCGGCUGCGGGCACCGCUGAGGAAGCCAGCUGAGGAAGCCGGAUUGUCUGGAGGGGUCCAGGAUAUCCUGACAGUGUCAGGCCCCCCAGAAGGAGGGACGAGGGUGACCAUCCGUGGCGUGAACCUGGGCCUGGAUUUCUCCGAGAUCGCCCACGGGGUGCAGGUUGCCGGGGUGCAGUGCACGCCCCUGCCCGAGCAGUAUGUCAUCGCAGAACAGAUCGUCUGUGAAAUGGGGCAGGCGCUGCCAGGGAUCAGCUCCGGCCCGGUGCUCCUGUGCAUCGGCGAGUGCAAGCCGGAGUUCACGAUGACGUCUGUCCAUCAGCAAUGGGGAACAGGCUCUGCCCCCACAGUGCUGUCACUGAAGAUGCUCUUGGGGCCCAUGGUGACCAUCUCCGGGCACUACCUGGGAGCCGGCAGCCGCGUAUCGGUGCUCCUGGGAAACCAGACCUGCGAAUUCUACGGGCGAUCCAUGAACGAGAUCGUCUGCGUGUCGGCCCCGUCAGCCCACGGCCUGGGCACUGUGCACGUCUCCGUCAGCGUCGACCGGGCUCAGCUGGAGCAGACCUUGCUGUUCGAGUACAUCGACGAUCCGAAGGUGCAGCACAUCGAACCCGAGUGGAGCAUCGCCAGCGGGUACACGCCUCUGACCGUCACCGGCUCCAACCUGGACGUGAUCCAGGAGCCGAGGAUCCGCGUCAAGUACAACGGCAAGGAGUUUGUCAACGUCUGCAAGGUGGUGAACGCCACGGCGCUGGCCUGCCUCGCCCCCCCCCUCACCCCCGAGUACCGGCCCGGCCUGGACGCCGUCGAGCGGCCGGAAGAGUUUGGCUUCAUCUUCAACAACGUCCAGAACCUGCUGGUCUACAACGACACCAAGUUCAUCUACUACCCCAACCCGACGUUUGAACUCCUGAGCCCGACCGGGGUGCUGGAGCAGAAGCCGGGCUCGCCCAUCAUCCUGAAGGGCAGAAACCUGUGCCCACCCGCGCCGGGGGGAGCGAAGCUCAACUACACCGUGCUGAUCGGGGAAACACCCUGCGCCGUCACCGUCUCCGAGACCCAGCUGCUGUGCGAGCCACCAAAUCUCACCGGGCAGCACAAAGUGAUGGUGCGUGUCGGUGGCAUCGUCUUCUCCCCUGGCUCGGUGAGCAUCGUCUCAGACAGCCUCCUGACCCUGCCAGCCAUCGUCAGCAUCGCGGCCGGAGGCAGCCUGCUCCUCAUCAUCGUCAUCAUCGUUCUCAUCGCCUACAAGCGCAAGUCCCGAGAGAACGACCUGACCCUCAAGAGGCUGCAGAUGCAGAUGGACAAUCUGGAGUCCCGGGUGGCCCUGGAGUGCAAGGAGGCAUUUGCAGAGCUGCAGACGGACAUCAAUGAAUUAACCAGCGACCUGGAUCGCUCCGGCAUCCCGUACCUCGACUAUCGGACGUAUGCCAUGAGGGUCCUUUUCCCCGGCAUCGAGGACCAUCCUGUCCUGAGGGAGCUGGAGGUCCAAGGGAACGGGCAGCAGAGCGUGGAGAAGGCCUUGAAGCUCUUCGCUCAGCUGAUCAACAACAAAGUCUUCCUGCUGCCCUUCAUCCGAACGCUGCAGCGCAGCUUCUCCAUGCGCGAUCGCGGCAACGUGGCCUCGCUCAUCAUGACGGGUCUGCAGGGCAAGCUGGAGUACGCCACCGACGUGCUGAAGCAGCUGCUCUCCGACCUCAUCGAGAAGAACCUGGAGAACAAGAACCACCCCAAGCUGCUCCUGCGCAGGACCGAGUCGGUGGCUGAGAAGAUGCUGACGAACUGGUUUGCCUUCCUUCUCCACAAGUUCCUCAAGGAAUGUGCUGGAGAGCCACUCUUCAUGCUCUACUGUGCCAUCAAGCAACAGAUGGAGAAAGGUCCGAUUGAUGCCAUCACGGGAGAAGCCCGUUACUCCCUCAGCGAGGACAAGCUGAUCCGGCAGCAAAUUGAGUACAAGACUCUGAUCCUAAACUGUGUGAACCCGGAUAAUGAGAACAGUCCCGAGAUCCCCGUGAAGGUGCUGAACUGUGAUACCAUCACUCAAGUCAAAGAGAAGAUCCUCGAUGCAGUAUACAAAAACGUCCCGUAUUCUCAAAGACCAAGAGCUGUUGACAUGGACUUGGAGUGGCGGCAGGGCCGGAUAGCGCGUGUGGUCCUGCAGGAUGAAGACAUCACCACCAAGAUUGAAGGAGAUUGGAAGCGCUUGAACACCUUGAUGCACUAUCAGGUAUCAGACCGCUCGGUUGUGGCUCUCGUUCCCAAGCAGACCUCCUCCUACAAUAUUCCUGCCUCUGCCAGUAUAUCCCGGACAUCUAUUAGUCGAUACGACUCCACCUUCCUCAGCCUGCGCUCGCGGACCCCCAUGAUCACCCCCGACCUGGAGAGCGGCGUCAAGGUCUGGCACCUGGUCAAAAACCACGACCACGGAGACCAAAAGGAAGGAGACCGGGGCAGUAAGAUGGUGUCCGAGAUCUACCUGACCAGACUGUUAGCUACAAAGGGCACGCUGCAGAAAUUUGUGGACGACUUGUUCGAGACGCUGUUCAGCACCGUACACCGCGGCAGCGCGCUCCCCCUGGCCAUCAAGUACAUGUUCGAUUUCUUGGAUGAGCAGGCAGAUAAGCACGGCAUCCACGACACAGAUGUGAGGCACACGUGGAAGAGCAAUUGCCUGCCCCUCCGAUUCUGGGUGAACGUAAUCAAAAACCCCCAGUUCGUGUUUGAUAUCCACAAAGGCAGCAUCACGGACGCCUGCCUCUCUGUUGUGGCUCAGACCUUCAUGGAUUCCUGCUCCACCUCGGAGCACCGCCUGGGCAAGGACUCCCCCUCCAACAAGCUGCUCUAUGCCAAGGACAUCCCCAGCUACAAGAGCUGGGUGGAGAGGUAUUACGCGGACAUUGCCAAGCUGCCCGCCAUCAGCGACCAGGACAUGAACGCCUACCUCGCCGAGCAGUCGCGCCUGCACGCCGCCGAGUUCAACAUGCUGAGCGCGCUCAACGAGAUCUACUCCUACGUCAGCAAGUACAGCGAGGAGCUCAUCGGGGCUUUGGAGCAGGACGAGCAGGCCCGCAGGCAGCGUCUGGCGUACAAGGUGGAGCAGCUUAUUGGUGCCAUGUCUAUCGAGAGCUGAAGAACGGCUGUGGUGCUCACGGGCGGCCGAGGGCAGAGGGCUGCGAGGACUCUCGGGAGCGAAGCGGGAGAACAAGCGAGAAAGGCGCUGGACACGUAUAAAUACCCCGGCUCUUCUGGAGGGAGCAGAGACUGGCCCAAGGACUGGCUGUGUUCAAAAUCGUACGGGAUCCGGCUUGAGAACGCAGGCAGAGGAAAAGACAAAGCAUCUCAGUCAAAGUCAGAUCAAGACGGAUCAUUUUUUCGAGCAUACUUGGAAAGAAGGAACCUGGAAAGUCUGGAUGUCUCCAUGGCUGCUGCUUUGCAUGAAAAUUGUUUGAUGUAUAUUAG